UUAAGAUUUAUGAACAAAAUGUUGUCAAGUUGUCAAAUAUAUAAUUACGAAAAAUUAACGAUCUAAUUACAAUAACAAUGGCAAAAAGAUUUACAAAACCUUCAAUCAAUUGGGUAGAGAUUGAGAAAAGAUAUCCGCCUCAGCAGCAAAAUAAUUAUAUGGCAUUCAAAGCCAAAUCCGCGGCUUAUUUGCAAAGAGUACAAGCUAAUCCAGCUGAGAUGCCAAAAAUAGAUUGGGAAGCAUAUAAGAAGUUAAUUCCUCAAUCUAAUAUUGUGGAGAAGUUCAAGUCUGAUUUAGAGAAAUACAAAGUUCCUUAUCCACAAGACAAUGUCACAUCGCAGAUAGACGCGCAGUGGAAGACAAUUGAAAAAGAUGUACAACAGUUCUGCGCUGAACAACAGAAACAUAUUGAUGCCGCAUCUAAAGAAUUGAAAAGAAUACAAGCUCUUCCAAAGUUUGAAGAUAUGACAAUGGAGAUGUUUUAUUAUUUGUACCCAGAAAGGGCAAUAGAUCCCGUGAACAGACCAACCUUCUGGCCCCAUAACCCAGAGGAACAGCCUGGAUAUGUAACUCCUGAAGCAAAAACUUCAAAAAGUUCGCAUUAA